AUGUACGUGUACUUCCAAAACGUCCGUGGACUGCGCACUAAGAUCAACGAGCUUUUCCUUGCCGUGGACGGGAGUGAAUACGAUGUAAUUGUUCUUGUGGAAACCAACCUCGAUUCAACCAUAACGUCUGCACAACUAUUUGGCGAACACUAUGUAGUCUACAGGAAUGACCGCGAUACGACCAACAGUCAAAAGAAGUCUGGAGGAGGUGUCCUCAUUGCCGUUCAUCGCAAGCUACCCUCUUCAUUGAUUAGGUGUGCUACAGAAGGCUUCGAAUUGGUGCUGACCCGUGUCCAUAUUGCAAAUUCCUAUUUGUUUAUUUGCGCUGGAUAUAUCCCUCCCGAGUUGCGUUCCAAUCCUCCAUUUGUGAAACGCUUCGGUGAUGCUAUAUGUGACAGUCUUCGACCUGCGGGCAACGAUGAUUUGAUUGUCGUUUGUGGUGACUUCAAUCAAGCCAACCUCGUGUGGAAGCAGAGUGAGUCGUCUUUUAUUACUGCUGACCCCGUCAGUGUUGGUCCGGCGAGUGCAUGCUUACUAGACAACAUGGCUAUGCUGAAUUUGAAUCAGUUCUGUUUCGUGACGAAUCCUUGGAAUCACAUCUUGGAUUUGGUGUUUGCUAACACUAAAUCUUGUGUCAUCGCCGAAGCCGCAGUUCCGUUGGUGAAGAUUGAUCGCCCGCACCCUCCGUUAGAAAUAACAUUACUCGUUGGUGACAGCGAACCUCUCUUCGAGCACGAAGAUACGCUUCCGUUGAACUAUAAACGCAUCGAUUUUGCUUCGCUGAACAACUUUCUUGCGCGCAUUGAUUGGACUGAAGUUUUGACUUGUUCGGAUGUGGACGUUGCGGUGCAGAAUUAUACGGAUGUUAUCGCGAAUUGGCUGUCUUCGAAUGUGCCUAAAAAGCGAUUGCCGGCGAAACCACCAUGGGGAAAUGCACGACUUCGCUCGCUAAAGCGCGAGAAAAAUGCAUGUCAGCGCCACUAUCGGAGACUACGAACGCCGCUUUUCAAGCAACGAUUUCAAACAGCAAGCAAUGCUUACAAAUCGUUGAACAGUCAUUUAUAUAUGCAAUAUGUCGAUAACGUGCAGAACAGCUUGCGUCAUAACCCCAAACGGUUCUGGAACUACGUCAACUCGAAGCGAAAACAAAACGAUGGUAUAAAUUGA